AUGCCUCGUCUACGGAUAGCAAGUGCUGCACAGGAAAACUGGAUUCGGGAUGAUAAAAGCGAUCAAAAGGAGUCAAUUGAACAAGAAACAUUGUUACAAGACAUAUCAAUCAAUGAGGAAGAUGAUUAUCCUAUCAAUAAUGAAACGAAACUAUUUACUUUAUCAUACCUACAAGCUUCUCUGUUUGCUUCUGUGGUUGAAGAUAUUAUUACCCAAAUCCGUAUUCUUGUUGAGUGUAACAAUGAACUACGGAUCAUCAAGACAAUGUCAGAUAUGAAGUUACUUCUAGCUCUUAAAUAUAGAGUCGCGCAACCGAAAGUAACAGACGAGCUAGCGUCGAUCGACCCCAAAAAUUUGAAUUGCAAUGAAUACAAGUUGAACAAAUUGGAUGCUGAUAGAAAAUUCUUCAUUAACUCAAUGACUACCAUCUACGUCGACUUGUCACUGCACAAUAGAUAUGAAGCGCUGAAGGAUGCUGUGGAUUCCAUGGUUGGGGUGCUGGAGUAUCGAGUUGCUAUUGCGGAAGAAGAGAUUAAAAAUAAAGGAUUACGUCACGAAUGCAAUAAACAAUUGCGCCAGCAACGCAACCAUAUUAAAUCGGUUAUCUAUGAUACUAAUGCCACAAUAGAAAAGCUGAAGAACAAAGUUGAAGAUGCAACUUUGAAUGCGGAUACUGAAAGUCGCUAUAUCGAAAACUGGCAACGGGCUCGCACCGAACAACAUCUCCAAACUAUACAUGAUUAUGAGGAAAACCCGUCACGAACUAUAGAAUAUUAUAAGCAAAGAACCGACCACGAGCAGAGAGUGCACACUGAAGUGGAGCUGUUGAUCAAUAUUAUCAUAAAUGAAACUCUAGAAAAGGUUGAAGAUUGGAUGAAUAAGUACGAUAAGGAUAUGGAAGGAAUAGAUCUUAAAAUACAAAUUAAGAAAAAUGAAUAUCAAAAUAUGUAUGACCGUCGAGUUAACCUCGAACAGACGAUCGAGAAACAUGACACGUUAAUGAAAGACUGGAUUCACUUCAAAGAAGAACGCGAGAAAGCGAGAUUGUAUCGCGAGAAGAUGACAAAAUCUGCCAUUAUUGUCCAAGCGUGGUGGAGAGGUCUGCUGGUGCGCCGACAAUUGGGGCCUUACAAAGUUGCUAAGAAACCCAAAGGAGCAGGUGGAAAAAAGAAGUAA